GCUCACAGCCCGUGCAGGGAGGACACGGAGCUGACUGCUGGAGAAUGGCAGCAGGAUUUAACUAGGAAGGCACGGAAAACUGGGAGAGAACUCACGGGAGCUGAGCGAACUGCGUGAGACGAGAGCGGCUUCUCAGCACCGUUGCCUGGCCUGUGAAGCAACAUGAGUCACAAGGGAUCCCUCAACAGCAACCCCGGCUCAUUAAAUGGCAGCAUGGGCAAAGCCGAGGGAGCCUCCAAGCUGAGUGCAAAGGACCUGUACGAACAAAGAAAAAAAUACUCCAACUCCAACAUCAUUAUGCACGAGACCUCCCAGUACCACGUCCAGCACUUGGCCACCUUCAUCAUGGACAAGAGCGAGUCCAUCACAACAGUGGAUGAUGCAAUCAGGAAGCUCAUCCUGCUCAACUCCAAAGAGAAGAUCUGGACACAGGAGAUGCUGCUGCAAGUGAACGACAAGUCCAUCCGGCUGCUGGACUGUGAGACACAGGAGGAGCUGGAGGACUUUCCCCUGCCGACAGUGCAGCACUGCCAGACAGUGCUCAAUCAGAUGCGCUAUUCCUCCAUCCUCCUGCUCGUGUGUCAGGAUUCUGAGCAGCACAAACCUGACAUCCACUUCUUCAACUGCGACGAAGUGGAGGCGGAGAUGGUUCACGAGGACAUAGAAAGUGCCCUGGCAGACCACAAGCAUGGGAAGAAGAUACGGCCACAGACACUCAAGGCAAACCAGGAAAAGAUCAAGCAGAGACAAUCCAUCCUCCCCCCACCUCAAGGACCGGCUCCCAUCCCGAUCCAGCAUGACAUGCGAGGCUCAGCAAUGAACAGGAACAGGGUGGCACCUCCUUCCCAGCAUGAUCCAGACUAUGAACGACGAAGCUCUGGCGCUCAUGACCAUGAGGAAUCCCGUGCCAUGUUAGCACAGAAGAUUGAAAAGGAAACGCAAAUCCUGAACUGCACCCUGGAUGACAUCGAAGUGUUUGUCGCCCGGCUCCAGAAGGCUGCAGAGGCAUUCCGACAGCUCAACCAAAGGAAGAAAGGGAAGAAGAACAAGAAGAAAGGGCCAGCAGAGGGAAUGCUGACCCUCCGAGCAAGACCCCCGAGCGAGGCCGAGUUCAUAGACUGCUUCCAGAAAACCAAACUGGCUUUUAACCUCUUGGCCAAACUGAGGAAGCACAUCCAGAACCCCAGUGCUUCAGAGUUGGUGCAUUUCCUAUUUGGGCCACUGGAACUGAUCGUCAAUAGCUGUGGUGGCCCCGAGCUGGCCCGGUCUGUCCUCAGCCCACUGCUUUCUAAAGAUGCCACCGACUUCCUGAGAGGACACCUGACACCCAAAGAAAUAAACCUCUGGGAUUCCCUGGGGGAGACAUGGACCAGAUCCAGAGCUGACUGGCCCCGAGAUGCGAACAUCCCCACCUACAUCCCCAAAUUCCGCAAUGGCUGGGAACCACCCACAGAAAUCUUCCGUGGAGCUCCCUGGGAAAUAGACAUCGGACACUUGCAAGAGGAGCUCUCCUCAGCCAAUGGAUAUCCUUACCGGAACUCCUCACUCAAGCGUGGCCAGGCGGCUGAGCAGACACAGCCUGGGGAUGCCUUCAAACAGAAUGUCACUCCACAUGGAAAUAGGAAUUUUGAGGCCCAGGGAAUGGCUGUGCCCAGGAGAUUUGCCAAAAUCCGCUACGAUUUCACUGCGCGAAACGCCAACGAGCUCUCGGUGCUGAAGGAUGAAAUCCUGGAGGUGUUGGAAGAUAAUAAGCAAUGGUGGAAGUUGCUCAACCGGAGUGGGCAGGCCGGUUACGUUCCAUACAAUAUCCUGGAUGUGGUGAAACUGGAAGAGCUUGAACAGUCUAACCAGAGGUACAAAGGAGACCUGAGCCCCAGGGGCUAUGGCCCAUCCAGUCCAACUCACAAGAUGCCUGCCAGCUACGCUGGGGAUAAGUGGGGCAGUGAGAUGUUAUCACGCAACUCUCCACAGGACGCCAAAGAACAACUUAUUCACCAAAUGGAUGAGCUGAACGAUGAGCUGCUUAAGAAGAUCACAAACAAUAAAAUUCAGCCUCCCCACAGGAAUUUCAAAGUGGAAAAGCCUCAGCAAGUUUUUGUGCCCCUCACCUUUGAAUCCAGCACUGAAGAAGUCAAAGCCUGGCUGGAGGCCAAGUCAUUCAGCAAAGAGACCGUGGAGCACCUGGGCAUCCUCACCGGAGCUCAGCUCUUCUCCCUCAACAGAGAGGAGCUGAAGAAGGUGUGUGGGGAUGAGGGAAACAGAGUGUACAGCAAGAUCACCGUGGAGAAAAACCAGCUGGAGAAAAGCAGAGGGGAGUCAGAGCUCCAAGAAAUCAUGAAGCGCCGCCAGGAAAGGAUUGAUUCUGCUAAUUAAAGUCUCUCUGCUUUAUUUCAGCUCUUAGCCCUAAGUAGUGCAGGAAAAAGGGAAUGAAAGCAAUGAUUCCCGGCCCCGGCCGGAGGCAGCAGAGCUCCCCUUGGGGUCCAGCUGCCAUCAGAGUGACAAUUCCUUGAACACUGUUGGGAAGGGUUGGCAAUAAGACCAUAUCCCACUGGGAAAGGUGUUUUAAUUUUGCAUGAAGUAUUUUUUUUAUAACUAUAUAUUUUAUACUGAAAUUUUCCGUGCAUGCGAUCAGAGCAGGAUUCACAGGGCUGGAUGUACAACAAGGGCUG